ACUCGGUUCACAAGCGGAUCGAGGUUCUGUCAGUGUCACAGCAGUUGCAAUGGCGUUGGCCUCUGCUAAGGACUCGGGCGGUGCUGCUCAGCAGCCAAUCGAGAUGAGUGAGAAUGGACAGGAUCAGUGCGGAUCGGAGAAUAUAGUAUCCAAUACCCCCGAUCUUGAACGAGUCCUUUCACAUCAGGUCCCUGAGUCCGGGUCUGAAAUCCCGGAAGCCCGCAGUAACUGGAAAGUCUUUGCCACGAUGAUCGCUCUGUCGCUUGCGCUCUUUAUCUCGGCGCUGGAUCAGACCAUCGUGGCUACCGCGACACCCACGAUCUCAUCAGAUCUACACUCGGCGUCCGGCUAUGUAUGGAUCGGCGGUGCUUAUCUCCUGGCCAAUGCCGCUAGCUCCAACAUUUGGGCCAACCUGUCAGAUAUCUGGGGUCGAAAGCCAAUUCUUCUGACCGCUGUGGCUCUCUUCUUUGUAGCGUCGAUCAUCUGCGCCACUGCCAAUGGCAUGCCCAUGUUGAUUACAGGCCGAGGUAUACAAGGCAUAGCGGGCGGUGGUCUCAUCCAGUUGAUCACCAUCACCAUCUCUGACUUGUUCAGCGUCAGACUUCGCAGUCUUUUCCUCGGUUUGAUCGAGUUCAUCUGGGCCAUUGCUGGAGCCUUAGGCCCGAUCGUCGGUGGGGCAUUCACUCAGUCUGUUUCCUGGAGAUGGAUAUUCUGGAUCAAUCUUCCAGUCUGCGGAACCGCCUUUGUGCUGCUCUAUGCAUUCCUGGACAUACACAAUCCCAAGACGCCGGUUCUGGCUGGCAUUAAGGCGGUGGAUUGGUGGGGUAGCUUUUCUAUGCUCGCGCUCAUCGUCCUGCUGUUGCUGGGUCUAGACUUUGGAGGCGAUACAUUCCCCUGGGGCUCCCCGAAGGUGAUUUGCCUCAUCGUCUUUGGCUGUCUGAUGUCGUUCGCCUUUAUUUACAGCGAGAAGAGUCUCGCCAAGUAUCCUCUCAUGCCGCUGGGAGUAUUUAGGAAGCGGUCUAACGUUGCCUGCUUCUUGGUGGAUUUUACGCACGGCUUUGCUUAUCUUGGUGCAGAGUACUACCUCCCUCUUUACUUCCAGUCGGCCAAGGAAGCCUCCCCGUUCCGGUCGGGGGUCCUGAUUCUCCCCUUUGUGUUGACAGAAGCUGCGUUCAGUCUCUUUUCGGGUUUGGUGAUCCACCGUACGGGCCGCUACCUCGAGAUCAUCUGGGCUGGGACUGCCCUGGUCGUCCUCGGAACUGGCCUGUUCACGAACUACAGCGCUACAUCCACCAUUGGAAAGAUUGUCGGCUAUCAAAUCACCGCGGGCAUGGGAUGUGGAAUGCUCUUCUUCCCGCCUCUCCUCGCUUUACAAAGCAACGUCUCUCAAGCCAGCACGGCCAGCGCAACUGCAACGUUCGGCUUCAUCCGGAACGUGGCAAUGGCUAUGUCGGUUGUUCUGGGAGGCGUUGUCUUCCAAAACAGCAUGGACAUGCAACAAGGCAGCCUCAGCGCAGCGGGUCUCUCUUCAUCCCUGUUGAAAGAGUUCUCGGGCACGGAGGCUGCAGCCAACGUCAACGCCGUCCGCUCUGUGCAGGAUCCUACGCAGAGACGUGCCGUAGCAGACGCCUAUGCAUGGAGUCUCCGCAACAUGUGGAUCCUAUACGCCGCUAUGGCUGCCUGCGGAUUCGUCGCCAGUGCGUUUAUCACCCGGCAGCAUCUCAGCGACGAGCAUGUUGAAACCAAAACCGGCCUGAAGGAGAAGCAACCAGAGCCAGAGCAGUAGGCUCAAACAUAGUAUAUCAUGUCGCCCGGCGAUCAUCUGCACUACAUCACUACAGUAUUGUGUUGUUCGAUCAUAUCAUACUAGGUAUAUAUGAGUAGCUAGCUUUAUGUACAUACAUAGUAUAUAUUCAGUAUCACCACC